AUGGGUCAAGUAUCAGAGCAAGUGAAUCAGAAAGCCUUUGGAUGGGCAGCAAGGGAUCCAUCUGCUGUUUUCUCUCCCUUUACUUUCUCCAGGGGGGCAACGGGGGAGAACGACGUGACUUUUAAAGUGCUAUACUGUGAAAUAUGCCACUCAGAUCUUCACAUGGCAAAAAAUGAUUUGGGAGAAUUUUGUACCUAUCCUCUUGUUCCUGGGCAUGAGAUUGUCGGUAUAGUAACAGAGAUUGGGAGCAAGGUAGAAAAGUUCAAAAUUGGAGACAAAGUUGGCGUUGGGUGUUUAGUGGGAUGUUGCCGUUCAUGUGAAAACUGUGUCAACAAUCUUGAAAAUUAUUGCCCAAAGAUGAUACCAACCCAAGGUGCUAAAUACUACGAUGGAACCACUACACAAGGAGGCUACUCUGACAUUAUGGUUGCCAAUAAGCACUUCGUGGUCUAUAUUCCUGACGACCUUCCUCUUGAUGCCAGUGCUCCUCUCCUUUGUGUGGGUAUCUCUGUUUACGGUCCUUUGAGAUUUUAUGAACUUGACAAACUUGGUAAGCAUGUGGGUGUGGUUCGUCUAGGCGGGCUAGGCCAUGUAGCUGUUAAAUUUGCAAAGGCUAUGGGAGUUAAAGUGACUUGCAUUAAUACAUCUACUAACAAGAAAAAGGAAGCUAUUGAACAUCUUGGUGCUGAUUCUUUUUUGGUUAGUAGUGACCAAGAUAUAUGCAAGGCUGCUAUAAGCACAAUGGAUGGUAUCAUCGAUACGGUAUCUGCACCUCAUGCUCUAGAGCCAUUGAUUGGACUAUUGAAAACAAAUGGAAAGGUUGUUCUUAUUGGAUGUCUAGAGAAGCCAUUAGAGCUACCAGUUUUCCCUUUGCUCAUGGGGAGGAAGAUAGUGGGUGGAUAUGCAAGUGGAGGAAUGACGGAGACUCAAGAAAUGUUGUAUUUUGCAUCCCAACAUAAUAUAGCAGCAUAUAUUGAUGUUAUAACGAUGGAGUAUCUCAAUACUGCAAUGGAUCGUCUUGCCAAAGGCGAUAUUAGAUAUUGA